AUGAAGCACGAAAUCUCUCGGGAAAGGUGUACUAUUCACUAUGAUAUAACACCACCCUCGGACAUGUGCUCAAUUGAAGAGUGCACAGCGCAGAACGAGCUCGACCGUGACACCAGCGCUCAGGACCCUAAAUGGCUCAAAAGAGCUGAUGUCGAAAUGAUCUUCAGCCUCACGAGAGAGAUAUCAACGUGCAGCGAGCGACCUGUCUUUCCAGGAGGGAUUCACGAAGCCGCCGGGCGGCAAACCAAUAACCAUGUUGAAUGGGGCCGCGGGACUACCUAUGCACACAUGACUAAAGAGUCGGAUGAGUCCUUCAGACUGGCAAAUCUCCAUGAGGAAAGAUCGACAGAACGGCCGAUGAUAGUCGACGCCGUUACUCAGAGGAGGGAUCCUGCCAUGACACAUCGGACUCCAUAUCACUACCUGGGGAGUUCUCAGUUCUACCCAGGACGCGACAAAUACUCUUUGAGCUUCGCCGCUUCGGAUACGUGA